AUCACUGCUGACAACAUCAACAUAACAACAACAACCGCAAAGAAAUUUUCGUUUUUCGCGAUCAAAGUGGAACUCCCGGAUGCCGUUCAAGAAGCACCUUCUCCGGUUCGGCAACCGGCAAUCGGCAGCUGCAAUCAGGAAAACGGACACCAGCGAUGUUCCAACAGCAACAUCCUGGAGGAGAAAAGUCACGCUGGGAGAAGCCCUCCUGACUUUUGGAUCCAGUAGCUACGCCAACGUUCGGGUGGACACGGGCACGGACACGGUUGGUGUGUCUGAAAUGAGACCUGCACCUAGUGGAGGAGCUAAGCAGCAAGAAAUUCAAACCUUCAGUCGAAAGGGACUUGGCACCCGCCGCUCCAGGGAAAUUCCAGCUCCAUUCAACCAUUCGCACACCCGGUGUUUAUUGAUGGAUUUAUCGAGUUGAUGGUAACUGUUUAUUAUUAGUGCAUAUGUUAUAGAAGUGAUUAAAGUGUAUAAUAAAAAUGAAUAUAAAAUC